AUGAGUGAAUCCGACGGCCAGCAGCGCAUGUCGCUGCUAGUAAGAAACCUCAGCUACCAAACGAGCCCCGAGGGGGCCUCCAGGGCCCCCGGUGGGGCCCCCCGGGUCCCCCUGGGGCCCCCCGAGGUCCCCCUGGGGCCCCCCGAAGUCCCCCUGGGGCCCCCCGAAGUCCCCCUGGGGCCCUCUGAGGUCAUUCUGGGGCCCCCUGAGGUCAUUCUGGGGCCCCCUGAGGCCAUUCUGGGGCCCCCUGAGGCCAUUCUGGGGCCCCCUGAGGCCAUUCUGGGGCCCCCUGAGGCCAUUCUGGGGCCCCCUGGGGCCCCCCGGGGCCCCCGGGGGCCCCCUGGGGCCCCCCAGAAGGCCGGAGGGUCCCUGAUUGGAGAAGACGCAGAAAGGGCUUUGGAGAAGAUGGACGGCUUCGAGUUGGACGGGAAGGCCAUUGAGGUGGCCAUUGCCAAGAAGGGGCGGUCCGCGCCCCAGCAAAUG